AUGACCGAAACAAAGAUGCAAUUAGAAGACUGGCUGGAUGACUUGUGCGUCCGCUUCAUCAUUAACCUCCCGCGCGAGGAACUCGAGUCUGUGGAACGAAUUUGCUUUCAGGUAGAAGAAGCACAAUGGUUUUACGAGGAUUUUAUUCGCCCGCUCGAUCCUGCACUGCCAUCACUCACUCUGAAAACAUUUGCCAUGCGCAUAUUCCAGCAUUGUCCUUUGAUGUCGCAAUGGUCUACCUAUCAUCACCAAGCUGCCUUCUCCGAGUUCCUCGCCUACAAGACACGCGUUCCUGUUCGCGGAGCGAUCCUACUGAAUGAAGAUAUGGAUGAAGUGGUCUUGGUCAAGGGCUGGAAGAAAGGUGCCAACUGGAGUUUCCCGCGAGGCAAGAUCAACAAGGGCGAGAAGGACCUGGACUGUGCUAUUCGUGAGGUCUACGAGGAAACUGGAUUCGAUGUUCGUGAGGCCAACCUGGUCAAGGAUGAGGAUUCGGUGAAAUAUAUUGAAAUCACAAUGCGUGAACAGCAUAUGCGACUCUACGUCUUUCCUGGUGUUCCUCAGGACACAUACUUUGAGCCGCGGACCCGCAAGGAAAUCAGCAAGAUCGAGUGGUAUAAGUUGACAGAGCUUCCGACCUUGAAAAAGAACAAGCAGCAUGAUGAGGGCCUCGCAGUAGCAAACGCAAACAAGUUCUACAUGGUUGCUCCAUUCCUCCACCCGCUAAAGAAGUGGAUAGCACAGCAGAAGAAGAUCAGUUCAAGGGUUCAAGUUAGUGCGAAACACCCCUCUCAAAUCGAAGGAUAUUCCUCGAUGGACGAGAAUGCACCUUAUUACUCCAAUGGCAAUAUCCACCUGCCAGGAACUACUGAGUUGCCCAUCCCGAGCGAUCUUCCUGAAGUGAAUUUGGGACAAGAUGCGUCAUCUCAUAUCAAGCAGCUGUUACAGAUUGGCGGCCCUACAGCUUCUAAUUACAUGCAAACCCCCGGCGCUGAUCAGCCUCCUCCUGUCGAUCAGCACAAGUCAAACGCACUGCUAGCACUUUUGAGGAAAGGGUCUCAAGAUAACGUCCCUCAGUUUCAGAACCAACCCGUUCCCCAACCGAAUGCUCCCCACCAUGCUCUGCCACCCCUUGAGCAACCACCUCAGCGGCCACCCAACUUCUUUCCUGGAUUCCCUCCACAACAGCAAAUUAUGCCAUCACACCCCCCAUCACACCCCGGUCCUCCGUUUGCUGAGCCUCAGAUGAAUCCUCACCAACAGCCUCAAUUUCCACCAAUGGGGCGACCCGAGUUGCCUGGAGCACCUGCAGUGCAAUACCCACAGGGGCCCGCACCGAACUACCCACCCCAGCCAGCUCCAGGCCAGGGCGUAGCAGCUCCACAUGCGAGCAAGCUGCCUCCUCCGAAGCUCACUAGCCAUUCACUUUCGCUUCUGAACUUCUUCAAGGAUGAUUCUUCCAAGACACCGGUUGGAUCCCACGUAACACCAGCGUCUGUAGCUCCUGGACUGGCUCCGCCACAGCUUCCUCACCAACCUCGCAAGACCUCUCAUCAUCAGGAUAGCCUGUUGGAUCUCUUCAAGGGUCCCAAACCCGUUGCAUCUCCUCACCCCGUUGAACUGUCAGGCCAGCCCGUACCUCAAGUCCAGUCCCCGUACGAAAAGCAUAUCAUCCAGCGGGCACAUCAACACCCGGCGCAUGAUCUCCAACGCCCCUUAAAUACGCCCAAAUUUGAAGCGGUUGGGAAAACGGGCCCCAAGAAGAUGGCUAGUGGACCGAGUCGCAAGAGCCAGGGAACUCGCCGAGAGCAGCCGCAGCCGCAGCAGCUCUCUUCACCCAUCACAAUUCUCCCCCGUCCCCAGUCGGCCAAGCGCGAUGCACCUAUGUCCGGAUCAUACAAACAGGCCGCCCCGGGUCCGUCUCCACCCCAACCUCCCCAACCCGCUCAGAUUGGGGCACCAGCGCCAGUUAAGCCUUUCCAACCCCAAAUUCUUCGACGCUCUGAGAAGACCGAUUACGACCAGUUGAUGGCCGCUCCGCAGAAAGCGGAUAACCUGGACCGAAAACCAAGCCUACCUGGCCUCCAAACGGACACGGCUGAACUUUCUCCCCAGACCAGUUUCGACCGCAGACCUAGUCAAAACGCUUCGCAGAAGGAGGCACUCUUAUCACUUUUUGGAAAGCCUGCAGCUUCUCCAACCCCUCCGUCCACAACGCAACUGGACUCACGAGCGGUGAACCACCAUCUUUCCCAUGCUUCUGGUCUGGUCAGCCCUCUUUCAUCUCUUCAUCUCAAUCCUAGCAGCGGUGAUUCUAUUUCUCGACGUGGCACUCCUUCUGAGGGUGAUGCGGGCCCCUCUGGCGCAAACAACGUUUCAUCACCGAGCAACAAGGCGUUCUUGCUUGGAUAUCUACAAGGAGUUGCCAAAGGCAACAAAUGA